GCUCGCUCAUCCUCUGCCACAAUUCUGCACAAUGGGGCUCCCGCAAGCAUUCGAUAUGGCCAACACCCAGGGAGGUCCGACCUCCUUGGCCGAGGAUCUGUUCGCCGACAUGGGCCGCAAGGCCGAACAAGUAUCGGGGAGCAACGAUGACCAGAAAGUCGUCGAGGAAAUUGAGAGCUUGUGCAUGAACUGUCACGAAGAUGGCACGACAAGGCUGCUGCUCACAAAAAUCCCCUUCUUCCGCGAAAUUGUCAUCAUGUCCUUCACCUGCGAAAAGUGCGGCUUUCACAACAACGAAAUCCAAUCUGCGGGGCAGAUCCAGCCCAAGGGUGCCAAAUUCGCAUUGCGCGUAGAGAAAGAUGAGGACUUACAGAGAAACGUGGUGAAGAGCGACGUUUGCGCAUUCAGGAUAGAGGAUGUCGAGCUGGAGGUCCCGCCUGGGAAGGGCCAGUACUCCAACGUGGAGGGCAUCAUUCGAGCUGUCAAGGAUGAUUUGGAGAUGCACCAGGAAGCACGUAUGCAACAAAUGCCAGAGGUCGGCGCAAAGGUGGCAGAGAUCAUUCGCAAGCUAGAGGAUAUGCUCAAUGGACACAAAUACCCAUUUAUGAUUUCCGUCGAUGACCCGACUGGCAACAGCACGAUAGAGCCGAAGCCAGGCGACCCCGCCGGCAAGUGGGCAAAGAGCGAAUACAUUCGAUCAGCAGCGCAGAAUGCGACCCUUGGACUGGGAGAUGAUGUGCCUGCACCGGAAUCUGAAGCACCUGCGACUGCACUCCGGCCUGAAUAUCACGCCCAACACCUCGUUGGAGGUGACGCUCCUGCUGCACCACAAGCGAACAACGUGGACCAGGAAGAGGACAUCGUCGAGAACCAGGUCUACACCUUCCCCGCAUCAUGUCCCGGCUGCACUCGGCCAUGCGCUACGAACAUGAAGAUGGUCAACAUUCCUUUCUUCAAGCAAGUCGUCCUCAUGUCAACAGUAUGCGACCACUGCGGCUACCGAAGCAACGAAGUCAAGACCGGUGGCGAGGUGCCAGAAAAGGGUCGCAAGAUCACGCUCCAGGUCAGCACCAAAGAAGACUUGGCACGAGACAUUCUCAAAAGCGAGAGCGCAGCGCUGAGCUGUCCAGAAUUACAAUUACGCGUCGAGCCGGGCACGAUGGGUGGCCGAUUCACCACCGUAGAAGGCAUUAUGACUAACAUCCGCAAAGACUUGAGGGCUCAGGCAUUUGGUCUCGAGGACGGUGAUGCGGACCUGCCAGACGGUGUCGGAGAUUCUAUGGCUCCGGAAAGCAAAAAGCAGUGGGAAGAUUUCUUCACGCUGCUGGAGGACGCCAUCGAAGGCCGUAAAGAGUUUACACUUGUCCUCGAGGAUCCGCUGGCCGGCUCAUAUGUACAAAGUUUGACUGCGCCAGAGCCUGAUCCAAAACUUACACUCGAAGAUUACACCCGGACCGAGGAGGAAGAAGAAGAUCUCGGGUUGAAGGACAUCAAGACUGAGAACUACGAGCAGGACGAAGGAAAGACGACAUCAUGAGCAUAGGUAAGGAAGUAUCAUGACGGAGAUAGAACUAGACCCAUGAGUAACGUGAGAGAUACCCGAAGAUGCAGCACCGCGGCGAUAUUCAGCGCCAUAUAUUCUCCAGUGAUUCAGCUCCACUCGGCACUGCCAACUGUCGACCUGGUCCCGUACGCCGUGGUUCUGGAGACUUUUCUAGAGUGCGGAACGGUACGCCUCCCCAAAUUCUGGGGUUGGGAAGUACAAAAUCGUGUUAUCCCCUCCAUCCCUCUGCAGUCAUCACUAUCUUGCGGUUGAUUAUGUGGCGAUCUGGGGUCCAGGUCCCCACUUCCCUGAGGCCACUUCACAUUCACCUGGAAAUCAACCAGACGCGCCAGGCUGGCUCACCCAGAAGUAGACACGGCGGAACAUGCACGCUGCCAUGAGUUUUUUCUUCGCCGCGCGACUACAUAUAUCCUCCUUUAUCGACUGUGCCCCUUCUCC